AUGUCCACCGGUCCAAAUAUUGCGAUUGGGCUGCACGUCGGCAUUACGUGCUGCGGCAGUAGGAUCCUGGUGAAUGAACUAGCCUUGCUGGCUUACCCGUGGUGCGAUCACACGAAGAAGUGCUACGACUACGCCGAGGAGCUGACGGCUAGCCUGGAGCGAAGCGUAGACCCGUGCGAUAACCUGUACAAGCACAUGUGCGCACACUGGGUCUGGUGGUGCCCAGACUAUUAUAAGAACCUUCUCCUCGUCCAGCACAGAGACCGUUGGUCACGGCACGUGCCAGCUCGAUGUAACGGCGUCAUUCAUUCCCAGGUGGCCGGCUACGCCCUCGCCCGCUUUUUCGUCGACAGGGCGGCACAGUCACGUGCUGUGCUUGACGUCAAGGACACGUGGAACGCCGUGCGCGACGCCACGCGGCGAAACUUCCCCACCCUGUCGUGGAUGGACCAGUCCACCGCCGCGGGCGCCAUCAACCACGUGGAUAACCUCGUUUCCAUCAUAGCGCUUCCGGCGCACCUUAACAGCAGCCAGGCUCUGGACGCCUUGUACGACUACCUGGAGGCGAACCAGUCGCAGCCCUUCUUCCACUGGUUCAUGAAGUCGAGGAAGCAGCAGUCGGACAAGCUCAAGCGCCUCAUCCUCGAGGACCCGAACGUGCAGGUGCAUCGCGAAGACAUGCCGUUGAGCUCGGUGCAAGUGAACGCCUUCUACUUGCGUCUCUACCACAUCAUGGCCAUCCUGCCCGCCAUCAUGGCGCCGCCGUACGUUUCCCCAGGCUUGGCGCCGGCGGUGAACUACGGCUCCAUCGGGAAGAUCUUGGGUCACGAGCUGUCUCAUGCCUUCGACCCGCGCUUCACCACUCAGACAAGGACGGGCGACUUUGCAACCUGGUGGUCGCAGUCGUCGUACGCGAACUUCAAGGACAGGCUGGAGUGCGUUCGUUCUCAGCUGGCCAACUACACCGACAGCGAGAGCCACGGCUUCAACGCGCUGUCGGAGACGUUCGCGGACACUGCCGGCACCGAGAAGGCCCGCCUUGCGUACGAUUCACUGCCGAGUCAGCCUGGUAUGCUCGGCUACUCGCAGGAGCAGCUCUUUUUCGUCGCAGGGUGCUUCGAGUUCUGUGCAAAGUCUCCGUACUCGUGGGAGGCGUUGGGAAAGUACCCAGCAUUCGCCCUGCGUUGCAAUUUGCCGGUUUCGAAUCACAAGAAUUUCGCGAAAGCCUUUAAAUGUCCCACCGGAACAGCACUGAACCCGCCGAAGCGGUGUUCGUUUCAUUAAGAUUACAGUAAAAGAUCUUUUGACAGCGUAAGGCUUGUUGGCAUCAAGUGUUUUCAGCUGGCGAUCGCAAUUUCUCGCAGACGGCUUCCUAGAAUAGAAAUUCAGCUCCUUGACGAUAUUUAUAGAAUUUAAAAAACGAUUUGUUUACUUAUGCUGGCUCCCCUAAUUUCUGAAACACUAUUACAUAUACGUUUCACUGCAGUUUCACUAUUCGAUUUCCAUUCGAGCCUUUUCACCUUUUGAAGAGCUUUCUCCGUCUCUACAUGGCCUCUUCGUUUUAAUUUGUUUCCUACACUAUCGCCUGCCCGUUAUGCGUUCCGCCCGUUAUGCGUAAGAGGGAUGUUCUAGCUUUCGGCACGGUAUGGGAAUCUUUCCUUCCGGUCCCGUAAUUGCCUCGCCGUUUUUAAUUUGUUUUUCUUUCUACAAUUGUAUUCAACUGUACUCUAGUAUUUUUGCCAACAAGUUGUGCUCAGUCUAAAGGUAUUAAA